AAAUAUCGUAAUUAUGGCUCCUGUUGAGUUACCGUAUAAUCAAAUCCUGAACUGGGUGAUGGCCAGGGGAAAGAUACCUCAGGAUUGCAACAAGAGACUUCUCUCGUUGGAACAACAGUGCAAAGGAUUCUUUGAUAAACAUACGAACCUUCCAGACAAUGUUAAACAACUUCAGAAGCAAUCUAAUUCAAACUACACCGAAUGGUAUGGAAUCAUCAGUGAUGUUGUUGAAAAACUUAAAGCGACAGAAGAAGGAGAAAAGGUGAAUUUCAUGGGACAAUAUACCUACGAGCCUCUAUAUGAUGCAAAUAAAAUCCUGAAGGAGUUCCAUAGUCACAAUAUCCAUCUUGUCUCCUACUACCAACUACUCCUGCAACAAACCACUUAUAACGCGCCAUCGAUCAAGAAAUCUGCAGAACGUGUAACGAAAGAGCUUGUUGAAUACAGAAAUAGGAAAACCACAUGUCUACGUAGAUUGAAAGCAGGAGCUGUUGAAAUUUCUAGUAAACUAGCAUCCUACAAUAUAGAUAUUGAACAAUAUCCAUUCGAUAUUGAAUUCGUACCGAUCCUAAAGGAGAAACUUAUUGAGGCAAUCACUCGCAAGAAUACUGAGCUCACAAUAGAAAAAUACAAAUGGACAAAAGAACUCUGCGAAAUAUUAUGCAGCGAAUUAUUGCCAGUGUUUGUUGCAUUUGUGAACAUGAACGAAAUGAAUAUGCUAUAUGAUGCAACAACUGUGAUGCAGACAGUAAAGGAGACCGCAGAACAUGGGAUGGAUGUCACUGUGUCGAAUUUAAAUGAUGGGAAUUCAGCAAAUGAUAAUUACGGUCAAGAUGGUAGUUCCAAUAUAAAUGAAAAUAAUCCAGAUCAUAACACGCAAACAAAUGAUAGUUCGCACAUCAAUAUAUUCAAUCUCAAACUGGGCAAUGCGUCAUUCAGACAGAAACUGCUCGGAGAAUUACUAGAGCUGCAAACGUUUGUAAAGACCAGGAUUGAUGAACUUAGAAACAGAUCGGCUAACGCCAACUAUAUAUUUAGCUAUGUAAGUGAAAAGGUAAAUUCCUUGGUCCAACAGCCACUCUCUAAGUACGAGAAAUGCAUGGAUAUACUAAACGAAGCGAUUGAACUCAUUAGUGGGACAGCUGCCCUGAGGAGCAUAAGUUUACUUAGAAACCGAAGUGAAGUAGAAAAGUCUGCUAAUGUUGACUUGGAUGUUUUCACUAGGUGUUGCAAUAACGUCACCGAACAAAGUUCACUCACAAGGCGCAUCGAGUCAACGGAAGAAGCCUUACAAAAACUAAACAGUGAAUUGGAAGAAGUACGUAAGAUAGUCAAACAAACAAAAUCAAAGCUCGAGACCAUCGCCGCUCAAAUUAUGGGUGAAAAAGUUACACUAUUCGGUGAAAUAGACGAAAUAUAAACAUCUAGACUUAUUAUAAA